GUGCUAUUAUACGAUGUUAUACGGCUUCGUGUGGAACAACAGUGCAUUAUAUAAUAUAGAUACAUGCAAGGUUUACAUAUAAUAAUAAAAAUCUUUUCAAAAGGUUUAUUUACAGUUAUUUAUGCGUAAUAAAAACGUUCGCGAGUCUAGAUAUUGUACCCAAUAGUGUACAGCAGAGGUGACAGGUGGAGGCGUGGCACCGCCGCAUCACGUGAGGUAAACAAACACUUUCCCCCCGCCUCUGUUUUCUGACUCGCGUUUUGUUUUGUUAUAUUUUCUAAGUGACGUGUGACGUUAAUAGACGACGAAUGUGCUUCUCGCCGGACCGGGAAGACAGGUAACGAUGCAGAAUGAACAUCAAGGAGUCAUAAGGCAUACUAGGUAGGGAGGAACAAAAGUAGCAGGGAGCCUCCCCAGCGGUCCUGAGGCAUGGCCAGCCCCACCAUUGAGUCGCUGUGCUGUGUCAGUGUCACCAGCGACUUCUCCAAGGGCUUCCUACAGGAUUUCCAGUCAGUGCCUUACAACACUGUGUCUGUGGUGGCUGCCGCGUGUGGCAUCUGUGGUGCUGCCUUCCAGCUCCUGUCACGAUCUGGGGACAAUGUUGCCAAUCAUAAUGUGGGUCGCAGCAGCACCAGCAUCAGCAGCGUCGGUAGUGCCGGCCGGGGGGCCAACGGUCGGUUCCUGAGGACCCGGGGAUGGCUGAUCAUCAAGUGGUUGGCCUUUGCAGACAUGUUGGCAUCCCUCGGUAUCCUCAUCCGUUCAGCGUCCUGGCUGGGGGAUGACACAUUUGGCUCGGGCCCAGAUGACAGCACUCUUGGAAAGGCCUUCUGCAUUUUGUCCUCAAGCAUCAUCCAUUACUUCUACACAGCCACCUACAUCUGGAGUCUGCUGUAUGCCCUGGACGCGUUGGUGAUGGAUGGCAAGCAUGUGGACCGCCGGCUGUACCACCUCAUCGCCUGGACCGUCCCCCUUGCCCUCUGUCUCACUGGCCUCCUCCUCCUCUACCUCCCUGACCUCAACUGCCACAGUAACUCAGUGAACCCCUACCUGAGGUUCCUGCCCAACUACCUGAGCACCUUCGUGCCCAUCGUGGUGGUGAUGAUUGCCAACCCCAUCCUGUACCGCCUUGCCUUCUCAAGGGUGGAGCGCCAGAUCAUGUCCACUCGGGGAAGGUUCACCCACACAGAGAGACGGGUGGUGGAUGGCCUGCGGCGGAAGUUCCUGGCUAUCAACGGAGUGUUUUACCUGUGCUGGCUGCCCAAUGUGCUGAACGGCAUCAUCCUGUGGAGCGCCUGGGACCACCUGCCCAAGAGUGUCAUCCUGGUGGUGUGGUACCUCAUGGCUAUCCUCAACCCCCUGCAAGCUGUGUUCAACUCCAUGGUGUACCGGCGAUGGGACGGAGGCUUCUCCCUGUCCCUGCCACCAUGCCUGCUGUGCUUGUGUCCCUGCUUCCGCCCCAGCCAGUCUCCCCCCGUGAUGAUGACAACGGCGCAGGCAAGGCAGGGCUGCGACAGCUCUGAGGAUGAGGGGCAGAUCAAAGUUGGAGGGAAGACCUACUCCCGCCUUAGUGCCACCUUUACUAGGGGAGGGGAGAGAACACCCCUCCUCUCCUCUGCCUCCCACAGUCACCAGACCUCCCCCCCACCCUCUGCACCCCCACUGUCCCACUUUGAUGACUCUGGGGACUGGAGGGGCAGAGAGGAGUGAUGUCACACCCACACACAUGGCAGACCCAUGGAAGUAUAUUGUUUACCCUCCCCUGAUCUCUCUCUGUGUGCUGUGCCCUCCCCCCCUCUUCCCUCUUCUGCCCCAGCCUUCUCUACAACUCAUCUGUGCCUUUGGGUUUGAAUAUUUCAUAUUAGCUCAGUGGCAAAAAGUUAAGCAGGAACCUAAAAGUUUACUAAAGUCGUUGGUGUUAGAAAAGAACUUAAGUUCAGAGGUAAUUCAGAAAAUUGUGGAAAGUUAAGUUUUUGUCUUUCUACAAAUUUAAAUUAUACCACACUUCAGAAAAUGUUGGAUGCAAAGGCCCAUCUAUUGAAAUACUAUAUGCAUCAUAAUCACUCAAAAGUCCAAACUGAUUGUGAUAUUGUUACACACACGGUAAUAUUUUGAGCAAGAGUAAAGUUUAAGAUUAUGAGAUGUUUUGUUAUGAAGUUAUAAAUGUUAUGGAAUUAUUUACUUUGAUGUAUAGAUCUGAACUGUUUUUCUAGUGAUAAUGUGCUGUUUGUAUGACAACGAGGUGUUCCUGUUCAGAUACUUGUGCAGGGCCUUCUCUUAUUUUUAUCUGUUUACUUCUUGACAGAACAUUUGAACUGUGGCCAAAGUGUUUAUCAUAUAGUCUCAUUAGGAAAAGAGGAUGUAGUAACGCUUAUUAGAAUAGUUUAUAGUUGAAAUAUGUUAACCAGCCAUUAUAUCCUGAAGAUAAUAUGACAGUUUUAGUUAAGAUUAUUUUUGAGAUACUUGGGUAGGGGACAGGGCUACAUUGAAGAGUAUGUAAUAUAAUCUUGGAACUCUUUGGCUUGUGAGUCCAUGAUGGCGAUGACCCUUCAGCACCGGAGGACACAGGGUUGACUAUAUCAUGUAUGCCACUGCAGUUUACUCUCCUUAGGUUUCCUCAGGUGUCCUUAGUUAGCUUACCUGUAUGGGAAGCUGGAUGGCUGGAGGGACACUGACUUCCCUGACCAGUAUUCAGAUUUAGGUCCACUGACAUACGGUUGGUAACACAAAUCUUCACAAACUAUGACAGUAAGUGGAGAGGAUUAUGUAAUAUGUACCAAAUAUGUGGACCAACAUAGUAAUGGCUGUACUAUUAGAGCAGCAAGUGGACAGUCCUAUUGUAUGUGCCAAAUAUUUCUGCAAAAAAUGAAUGAGCCUCAGUUACACAAUUAUUAAGUCCAGGAUGGCAGUCUUAUGACAUGCAAAAGACUGUCAGAAACAAUAUCUUCUUUAUAUCAUAUUUCUACGUCAUUCAAGCAAUCACUUUUCUCCAUUUUUUACAUAUGUUGUUUUCUCUGUUUAGAAUACUGAAAUAAUACUUCCUCUGUGCAUAGUAUUAACACAUUAAACUAAUCCACUUUCCUGCCACCAUUCUAGCUUGUAUUAAUUUUAUAUCGUUUUUCCCGUCUGCAUAGUACUGAUACAUUGAACUACCUACGUACAUUCCAGCUUGUCUUGGUUAUAUAUAAUUUUCAUCCUCCUCACUCUCCAGUCUUCAUAUUUUGUGGGGAAUGGCAUUAUACUUAAAUAGUUUCCUUAGUUAAAUAGUUUCUUGCCUCCUUCCUAUAUACUUAGUGUGUGAGUGAUUGGCAAGAUUAUAACCCUGGACCAGAAGGUCAAGCUUGUGCCAACUGUCAAAGAUUCUCUUCUUUGCUGUGCUUAUGUUGCCUUGUUUAUAGUCUCCGUAUAGUUCACACUGUUUGGAUUCCCAUUAUUAUUCAUCUUAAGUGUGUUGUAGUAUCAGCACACAUACAUUCUGUGGUGGAAAGACAGGCAGUGCAAUAAUAAUGGCAUCAUACUUAUGGGCAUGUCUUGGUUAUUACUUUUGUCCCCAGAUCAUGCCAGCCCAAAUACUAUAUAGAGGGUGGAGUAGGAUUAUUAUUAUUAUUAUUAUUAUUAUUAUUAUUAUUAUUUUUUUUUUUUUUUUUUUUUUUCAGAAGCCAUGGUGACAGCUAAUACAUGCACUCUUUAUGGCACUAUGUUAUUAUAAUUAUAUUGGCAGCCUUUACAUAUUCAACUUGAUGUAUGUAUACAAAUUUAUCACUGCUGCAGCUUAUAGUCUUUAUCCACAAUAUUAUGGGGUGAAGAACCCAGAAUGUGUCAAUGCUGUCUCUCUAGGCGAGAAAGAAGUGGAAUGAAGGUUAAUCAAGAAAUUUACCUUGCCAGUCCCUUCCUGUUACUAUUUCUUAGUAAAGCUGAAGCAAGAAUGUGACAAAAAUGACUGGCUUAAGCACUGUUAUGGCCUUACUGACCUCACAACAAAAGAGAAUGAAAAUAAAACAAGUAUUAAGACAGGAUUUUGUUAUGAUGUUCAAGAUUUUAUAUAUUUGGAGUUAUGGGGAAGACAAAAAUGAAUUGAGAAAGUUAGCUAAGAGGGGUUUUGUUGUUAUAAAAAUAAAAAUAAAAUAACUGAAAAACAAAUAGAAUGAGGAAGACCAAAUGCUUGUUUAUUCAUUUAUUUUCUUUUUAAUACAGGAAGUGCAUCCAGUAAAUCACUAAGUAAGAUAACCUGAUUUUGUAAUGAAUGUAAUUCAUUUUAAUUCGCUUAUAUUCUCUCAGUUCUUCAUUGCACGAUCCACCAGAUAUAUUCAACACAUAAAUGUGAACAAAAAAUAUUUGAUGUGAAAGAAACGUUUAAUACUUAGUCUCAGAAUGGUCUUUUAAAAGUGCCUUUCUUCAUGUUUGAUGAUAAUAAUGUAUUCCUCCUAAUCUUAUAUUGCAUGUUAGUGAAGAAACAAGUCACCACAACAUUUUGUGGAACAGUUUUACUAAAAGCUCUAAUGUAGUGCUUCUAGAAAGGGUGAUGGUGAGACCUCAGAGUUAAAAAGAAUAUCUUCUGUGAUGAAGUGCUCAAUAGUUAUAUAAAUACAUGAAUCUCAUAUCUUCAGGGACCAGUAUCAUGUAUGUACUAGACCUUAGUGAGAGUAAAAGUUAUAAAAGUUAUUGAUAAAAAUGAUAGAUUAUUUUUAGGGGGUAGCAAAUUUAUCAAAAAUUAUGUAUAUGAUCGAGGUCUUCAUUUUGUAUUACACAGAAAUUAUAAAUAUGUGCAGAAUUUAUUAAAUAUUGAAAUUAUAUUAUUACCUCACUAAGAGUU